UUUUCCAUUCUACAAAGACACCCUGAAGCAUAAAAGUCUUAUGUCAGUGGGUGGUUUUCUGUUUUUCACCUUGAUUUCAACGCCUUUCCCGUACCUGUCCACAAUCUCAGACCUCACACGACGCAAAUUCCUAAGAGAUUGUGACGGAUCGCGGCCUAAAUUCAGGGUUUAGGAUUGAAGGUUUAGGGUUCCUGCAUGGGGCAGUCGCCGUCGAAGCGAGUCGAGGAGACACUCUCCACAUCCCUCUCCUUCCACGCGGCCGUGGACGCCAGCUUCGAGGAAUGCAUGGCGCUCUCGCAACACGCCUUCCCCGGGCUACAACUCUACCAGCUCCUGGACGCCUCGCGCCGCGUCUACGACAAGAUCCCCCUCCCCGAGGAGGAUGAAGUUGCAAGGUACAAGCAGCGGUGGCUGCCGCACCGCCCGACCCAGGCGCAGGUGGACGCCACCGUGAGGAAGGAGCGGUUGAGGAGGACGGUGGCGAUUGACGAGUUCAGGGCGUUCGCUCUCGUGCUGUUCCGGGAUAUGGGCUUGGCGACGGCGCGGCACCGGCUGGUGGUUUAUGUUCCCCUGGGAACCCUGGCGGUCCUGGUUACCGACUUGUGUGCCAAGCGGUUGCCCGUUGUGGGGCCUAUGUAUCGUGCUGGGGGGGUGCUCAUGCCGGGAUUGCUCCUUGGGUCUGUGGUGGGAGGUGUGGUGGUCGGGACGCAGCUCAGAAUGGAUUAGAGUGUGGGUGUAUGCCCUGAUUCUGCCUCUGUACAUUUAGGGUUAAGGAUUUAGUGUAUCGGUAGAUUGUAUGUGUAGUGUGUACAUCGUGUAAUUCUUUCUCUGUGCAUUUGAUUCAGAAUUCAGUAUGUGGUAUAUUGGCUGUAGAGUGUAGUAGAUCUUAUACCCUAAUUCUUCUUCCACUGCAAAUGAUUCCCAAUAACGUCCAAUCUCUACAGUGUCGACUGCUCACACACGCCUCUCGCGUCUUGCUCAAGUUCAAUGCUCACCCUGGAGCGAUUUACAGAUGAAGGUCCUGAAGCUCGAAUAUGGUGAACUGUCUGUAUUUUGGUCAUCGACUGUGACGUCAUGUCAGCUCGCUCGAGUAGUGUGGUGACUGGUGUUGGUGAUGGCGUCUCUGCUUCAUGCUUCUGCUGUCUUUUCGACGAAGAGAUGAACGAAGCACUGGAGACCACCUGGGCCUCUCAAGCCCAUCCUACAAUAAUGUAGAGUAACUGCUUGAACCGACAUAUUCCACAUCAAAAUACUAGAUUUAAUUGUAGUCAGAAAGUAGAGUUUAAACACGAUACAUCUUCUUUUUCCAUAUUCAAAUCACCUCUAGAGAAGUUUUAGUGAGCACCAAGCUCUGCCAUUGACUGGAUGAGACCACCGAGCUCUUCUAAAUAGUGAGAAAGAGUGGUCUAAAGAGGGGAUAUCUUAUUGAAAGCUUGGGUGACUUACUCUACC